UAGAUUCUGACAUAAAGAUAAAAAAUGACACCAGGUGGUGUCUUCAGAUCCAGAAUCAUCUCUUGUGUCGCUGCUGCUGCUCAGCUUCACCUCUGCUUGUUUCACUCAGAGCCGUAUUUACUGUAAGCCUGGAUUACACUGUAUCUGCUCUGGUUCGGUUCGGUCCGGUCCACUGCAAAGCCCGGAGGAGCUCCAAGAACCAUAAUCAGAUCGCUCGAUAAAAGUCAUUCUGUGGAGGUUAAACAGCUUCAUUUUUCAUUUGAUGCAUCCAGAUAUUUUCAUGUGUUUUGUUCUAUGAUGCAUGAGUUCACUGAGUCCAGAGAAGCUUUAUUUGUUGCAUUUAAUGUUUAAUAGCUUGGUUAUAAUCCCUUAGUUAUCCCAGUAACUGAUCUAACUGAUCUAAUGUUAACUGCUAACACGUGUAUAUAUAAAUAUAUGUAUUUAUUAAUACAAUGAGAUCUAGUCCGUCUUUAGAGAAUUAUUUUGAAAAUCUGGAUUUUGUGCUGGUUCUGUUUCCUGGUGGUCCGGUAUGGUUCAUGCAUAUUGACUCCGGCCGUGCUCCGGUGGGAUCAGAUGGUCGUCCUCACGGCUGCAGCUUCUGGUGCUCUACCUGAUGAAAGCUGAAUGUCUUCUCCUGAUCUGCUGCGUCUCUCUGAUGGCGUCCUCGUCCUCUCCCGUUGUCUGCAGGGAGUCCCUGCAUGUUGUGGACGUUCGCCGUUACAGCAGAGACCAGGCGUCCGCCAUCUACUUUCCCCAGGCUGUCCUCAGCGGUGAGGACCUGUAUGACGUCACGCUGACAGACGGGGAUUGCCGUCUUCAGGUGACUCUGGACCCCGGUCUGAACCAGCUGGUGGAGAGCCGAGUCCUGAAGCCGUGGUCGCCAGUUUAUAACGCUACCUUCAGUCCCGCCCUGAGCGCCCAGCUCCCAGAAUGCCCUGGGGCCUCUGCGGACAGAGACAGCUAUAGACUGGUGAGCGUUCAGGUCAAAGACUCAGCAGAUGAUGAGGAGGAGGAAGGAGUCUGGAGGUCCCAGGUGGCCUGGGACUCGCUGCCCUGGUUCGGAUCAUCAGGACCAACUGGUCCACUGGUUCCACUCAGAGCCAGCAGGAGCGUGUUCCUCCCUCUGUGGAAUAAUGUGGACUACAGUGGAGAGGUGUGGAUGGAGGCUCCGCCCACUGAGGACAGCCUGGAGGAGGAAGAUGAAGAGGAGGAAGGACGACGGCCGUCUGUGACCGUGUCUGAGCUGCGAGACUGCUUCCUGUCUGGUCGCCGUGGCGCCAUACAGUAUCAGCUGAUUGUGCGCAUCAUCAACAAGUCUCACCUGAUGUACUACGGGAGGACAGACAGGAACUGCGAGUGCCCAUAUAAGGCCGUGCUGCAGGCGUGUGACCGAACAGGAAGUGUGUGUGUGGUGCUGUGGAACAGUGUGUGUGUCAGCUGGUAUCGCCGUCUGAAGCCCGGUGACAUCAUCAGCUUGAGACACUACCGGGUCAAACAGCACUACCAGGCCGAGGUUGAUGACAUCGAAAUCAGUGUGAACAGCAGGAAUCCUGCAGCACAAAUAUCCAUUCUCCCUGAAUCCUCUGUCUCACCUGAGUACCUCCCACCUGCGCCCUCAUACAACUUCUACAACAGUAAGGAGCUUCUGGAGCGUCCUCACGGAAACCUGUGUGAUGUCAUCGGCCUGCUGACAUUCACAGGUCGGUCAGAGCGAGUCAGGAGUAAAGGUCGAGGGGCGGGGCUUUUGGAGUACCGCUGGCUCCGAUUGGAGGAUGGCAGCAGUGAUAAACCAAUCAUGGUGAAGCUCUUCUCCACAUCUCAGCCUGAGACACACCUGAAGCUCCACCCAGUGUCUGUGGUCGUCUGCACUCGACUGAAGUCCAUCAGGUCGGAUCAGAGUCCCGACUCUUUCUACCUGACUAACACCACCUACACUCAGGUGUACUGCACAGGACUGGGCCACCACUCCCAGAUGAGCUACCGUAAACUGCAGCAGGUGCGAAUCUUCCUGCAGUGGCUGAGGAGUCAGGACGAUCAGCAGGUGCUGGGCAGGGCUCUGAUUGGAGGAUUCUCCAUGUAUCCGCCUCCUCCGGUCUCCUUGGAGACGUUUAUGAAGGAGAGGAGAGGUGAGCUGGGAUUCCUGCAGGGGUCAGAGCUUCAGAGGGAGCUGGAGAGGCUCUGUUACCGAGAGCGACGCACCUUCUGCCUCCAGGCAACCGUUUCCAUGGUUACCUACAGCCGCAGAGGAGAGGAGGAUUGCUGUUUGUUCUGGAUGGACAGACCUUCAUCCCUCUCCUCAUCCUCCUCCUCUUCACCUUCCAUCAGACCUCUUUCCUCCUCCUUCUCUCCAACCUCUCUGUCCUCGGCCCUCAGUGUGUCCACCCCUCGUCCUGCAGACCUCAGCUCGUCACGGAAGAGGAGGAAGCUGCUGCUGUCUGAGACGCCCAGCAAGAGAUGUCCUCUCCUCACAGUCCACACAGAAAACAACAACAAGACAGUGAUCCUGUUUGAAGCCUCCAUGGAGUUUCUGGAAAACGCCGCUGAUGAAGAAGAUGAGGAGGAGGAGGCCGAUGAAGACUCUUCAUCCUUCUGCACCGCCCCCCUCCCCCCGGUGUUCCCACCCAUCGCCACCGAAACCUUACCGUUGCAUUUUGACUACAAUCACAGGGAGGAGCAGGCAGCUGCCGUCGGAAUGGGAGGCGGAUCCAAAGCGGAGCGCUUUGACUCCGCCCCUAGAGACUACUACACAGUGAGAUUGAGAGCUCUUUCAGACGGCCUGAUGAUCGAUGCAGUCUUCCUCCCUCACUUCUCCUCCUCCCUGCUCCAUCACUCCAACACCUGGACCUCCAUCCUGUCCCAUGGAGCCUUCUCCUCACACAAACCUCCACCUUCACCAGCUGACCUCAUCGCCAUGGCGCCCCAGCUGGCCAAUCAGAGGCUUGUUUGUGUCCUGGAGGCGUGUCACCUGGGCGGAGCCAGGACUGAACUGGUCCUGAGUCGAGGGUUCCACCUUAAAGACUGAGAGCUCCUCAUCAUCUGCUGUUUCCAGCGAUGAAGAGGAACUUUUUCACUUUACCCUGGAAGCUGUGGUCCAGAAGAACCGAACCCUGAUGAUGUGUCAGAAACCUCUGUUCCUCUAACGUUUCAGCAGGGUGGAGCAUCCAGACGGGAAGGAUCUUUGAUCGUUCUUCUCCUCUCUCCAGAUCAGCCUUCAGGUUUUCUGCUGGACUUAGUUCUGUGUUGAUGUGGCCAUAUGUGACCCUGGACCCGUGGAAGAGACACUGACCCACAGUACCACGGGUCCUCCACCAUACAUAACAGGGGACAUAAGAUGUUCUUCCACAUAUUCUUGCUUAGCUCCACAGCAGAACCACCUGGAGUGUUGUGAAAGUCUCUCCUGACCGAAGCUUCCAGCAUGGUUCUGAUGGUUGGACAGAUGGAGAUAACAUCUAAUGGUUGUCAUGGAGACCUGAUGACCCCUGGAUGCCACUCUUUACUGUAGUUCUCCAACGGUGAACUUAGGAGAUGUUUAUCCUCCUCACUGUGUGGAGGAACAUAAACGUGGGUCCUGGUCCGGUCCAGUGGACCAAAUGGACCUCUGUGUCACAUCACAUUUAUACCCCAGGGAACCAGAAAGUCACGAAGUUUCAGGUUCAGAAGAACCUUCAGGUUUAUUUAUUUCUGAAAAUUAAUUUCUUAAUGUUGGACCUUUUCACUGAAUGAACUCUGUCUUUUACACAUCUUCAUCAGGGACGGGUAAUAAACUGGGCUCCAUACGGCUGGUACCAGUAGAAGGUUUCAGAAACGAUCUGAAGGAGGUCCAAAUGUCUGCAGAGGUGACAUCACUGCAGCAUCCACAGACCUUCAUGCCAAUGUAGGAGAGCAGACAUGUGAACAGAAGUUCCCACAGAUCUGGUUCUGCUCAGCAGCAGAUGUUCUGAAUGAAACAUGUUUUAGGUUCUGUGAAGUGAGACCUAAAGACCCGAUCCAUUUCUGUUGACUCUGUCUGGUUUAUAAUAGACCCUGAUCUGCAAGUUCUGGGUGUUCUGCUCCAACAUCUCUGUGUUGAAAUCAUACCAGAACCUAGCAGAACCACUGUGGAAGCGGUUCUCUGAACCAUGUUGAAGCCCACAGCUGCUCCUGACAUCUGCUCAGACUUCCUGCUGGAGCCUAAUGCUUCCAGAGCUUUGGACCUGGAAAUAAUGUUCUCAUGAUGUUCUCAUGAUAUGUUCUGCUCCUGUUUCCAGCAGUGUUGACGUUCUGAUCAAACCGCCUGUUUGCCUCUCUGUGUUUUCUAAACUGUGAAGAAGUUUCCUGUAAAGAAAUCUGAAGGUCCUGCAUGGGAUCCUCCUUGAAGGUUUCUUCAAACAGGAAGUAACUCUUUACUUGGUGGAAACAAGUGGAGCUCAAACGCUCCAUGGUCUUCCUACACAUCUGAUACUGCAGCACAGUCUGAUCUUCAUAACAUGACAUUCAUAACUACUUGACCACUUGGGGGCGCUCUCAGAGCAUUGAGACUUCACCUCCAGAUGGUCCAGUUGUCCUCAGAUAUGGAAAUAAACCAGAUUUUGAUGUCACAGUGAAAGCAGCUUUGUCCUGACGCAGUAGGACACACCCUUCAUCCCAACACACACACCAUAGAAAAUAAGGGAUCCUAAUAAAUGACACACACCUGA